AUGUCUCUAAAUCAUACAACUCUUCCCUGCCCGGAGAUCUACGGCCCAGGUACCUUCAUGGACAAGAGCUUUCUUGCUGUUCCUGAUGACGCGCGCCGAGUUUUCGAAAUCCUUGCCAAUGCGACGCCGAACUUUACAAAGAACCGAGAUGUGUGGCAGUCGGUCAAAUUUCACGGCCACGAGGAACCUAUGAUCCCAGGCCCUCUGAAGGCCCCCGUCGUCGCCGCUGCCCUCCAUGCUAUGUGUGGUGUUGUGGCCAAUGAACUUCUUGCUGAACGCGACGGUCAAAACGUAGCAGAUCAGAGCGUCAUCAUCAAUACCGACCAAGCCGCAAUCUGGCUGGGAUCCAUUUUGACUGUUCGGCUGAAUGGAUCCGACGUCAGCGAGCUUGUAAAGAUGGGCAAAGGUUCCUCUAUAUUUGACCGCGAUUUCGAAAAGGGUGUUUUUGCCACCCCCCUUAGACUGCGAACGACAGCUAUCUAUCCGACGAAAACUACCGGCGUUUGGUAUCAGCUCCAUGGGUCCCUCCAUGCAGACCCUGUCCUCCAAGCUAUUGGUGUUGAUCCUGCAACCAAAUGCGAAUCCUUAGCCGAGGCUUACAACCUAAUUCGCAAAGAAGUGCAGAAAUUUACCGCAGACGAACUCGAGAUGAUUAUGGUCAAGAAUGGAUUUUGUGGGAGCAUCUGCCACACUCCAGAGGGAUGGGGCAAGACAUUGAUGGGGAAGCGACUGCAGAGCCACCCUUUUGUCAAUUAUUCCCACCAGUCCCAUGCGGCACCUACACCCCCGACUCCUUUACUAGUCUUGCCGGGAGACAAGCGCCCGUUGGCUGGUAUCAAGGUUGUGGAGCUUGUUCGAAUCAUUGCGGGCCCAGUGAUCGGAACCACCUUGGCUGCACUUGGGGCAGACGUGAUCCGUGUCAACUGUAGUAAACUUCCCGAUCUAAACGCUUUGCAAUUAACACUGAAUGCUGGGGUACGGACUAUUGAUCUAGACCUUACGAAUGAUGAGGAUUCAGCUCGACUAGAGGAGCUCAUUCAAGAUGUGGAUAUUUUCAUACAAGGUUUUCGACCGGGUUCCUUGGAGAGAAAAGGCUUCGGCUUGAACAACCUUCUAGAAACAGCCAGCAAAAGAGGCAAGGGAGUUGUUUACGUGGAAGAAAACGCGUACGGGCCUGACGGUCCUUUCUACGAGAGACCUGGAUGGCAACAAAUCGGAGAUGCGGCCUCCGGUGCGUCUUAUGUGACCGGAAGGUCUCUUGGUUAUACCGAUGGAACUUGCAUUCUGCCGCCUCUUCCUAUUUCAGAUAUGACGACAGGGCUUAUUGGAGCUCUCGGCGCGUUGAUGGCUCUUCGUGAUCGCACACGUGUUGGAGGUUCCUACCGCGUGCUCAGCUCCUUGAUUGCCGCUGAUGCAAUUUCUCUUCAACCUGAAAUCGGGUUGUAUUCCCCCGAUGUGGUGCGAAAGAAUGAGAAGACUUUCCAGUGGGAGAGUAUGGAACCUUCGCAGUACGUUUCGGAACUGCUCAUGGUGGUCAUGGAUGGUUGGAAGAAGGUCUACCCGGAGUAUUUCGCUCCGGAUUCACCGAUCCUGACAACAUUUGAGAAGAGCCAUUGGGGCCAUAUGCAGUUGCUUAGUCCAGUAGUCAGGCUGGGGGAUGAUUCUGCAACUCCCCGUUGGACCACGCCAUCUGUACCUCACUGUUAUUGCGACCGCGGUAUUUCUUGGCUUUGA